AUGUCACGUAAAUAUGUAUCAACAACAUCAAAUCUUAUCACUAAGAAAAAUGUCGAAACUGGCUAUUUUUCAACUUCAAAAUCACGAAUAGUCGAUUAUUCACAUCUUAACCAACAUGACCCAGACUUUGACUUAGAUUCAAGUGAUAGUAGUGGUGAAAGAGAUGAAGAUACUACUGAAAAUUGUACAGAUAAUGAAGAUUCAACUGAGAAUGACGAGAAUUAUGUAUCUAUAAUAAUCUUUUCAAACUUAGUUCGACUACAUUUCAAGGAAUGGGAGUUUUUGAUUCCAUUAAUCCCACCUUGGCCAAGUCGUACUUUAUCAUUAACAUUAAAUGGUACAAAAAUAUAUUUACAUAAAUAG